AUGAUCGCCUACCUAUUGCUGAUAAGUCUCGCCGCGUUGGCGUCGGCCGACACCACCGAAUCAUCGGAUAUUCGCGAGUCGUCGGCGCAAGCCGUCGCGCCAACACCCAUCCACCACAUCGUCACCUCGCCUCACCCAUUCUUGCGCCAAAUUGUGGCGCCGAGUCGCGUGUUCCGCCGAUCGAUCACACCGGUGCCAAUCACGAGAGCUCAUCGCUAUUAG